AUGCGUCUCGCUGAUGUCAACUGUUGGGCCCGUGGCGCCGUCGCGGAAUGUGAUCAUGUCCCCACCCGCGGCCUUGUUCGUCUGACCUUCGACUAUCGUGGCCUGCGUCGCGUCGAGAGAUUAAAGGUGCGGCCUGCUGUGACAGGCGUCCGAUCUGACUUUGCAGCAUUCGUGAUCGAGCCAGCCGAGGCUAUAGCCGACGUCCGCAUUACGUUUCAGGCUACAGAAAUACGUAUCAUGGGUCUACGUCCCGGUUAA